CGGCGAGUCGCCGUCGUCGCAGGCCCACUCGCCGUCGAUCGGCGCAUCCGGCGCGACCACGCCCGGCGGCACGGCGACGCCGCCCCAGUUCAUCUUUGCCAAGAUCGGUGAGCGCAAGCGCGCCGCGUCGCACUCGAAUCUGUUCUCCAUGUCGCGCCAGUCGACCAAGCAGCACCACCCGGGCCCGCUCCACGACCUGCGCCGGUUCCUCAACGACCACCUGCACCACGGCAAAUCGGGCUCUGGCGGCAGCGACAAGUCGUCGCGCGCCGCGAGCAUGUCGUCGCACGGCCACGGCAGCUCGUUCGGCCCGGGCAGCAGCCACGGCCCGAGCGCGAGUGGGUCCAUGUUCGACCUCGGCGGGCCCGGCGGCGGCGACGCCGGCGGCACGGCCGGCUCGACGCCUCGCAGCGGCAAGUCGUCGCCUCGCAAUGGCUCGCAGCCGGGCACGCCGUCGGGCGCGCGCACGCCCGUCGAGCGCGACUACACCGACACCCUGUACCACCCCGAGUACCACGGCCACGGGCGCCACUCGCCGCCGCUCGGCGAGGACCACGCGCACCUGUCGAAGAAGUACGGCAAGUGGGGCAAGGUCCUCGGCUCGGGCGCCGGCGGUACGGUGCGCCUCAUCCGCCGAGGCAAGGACCACUCGGUGUUCGCCGUCAAGGAGUUCCGGGCAAGGCGAGCCGGCGAGACGGAGCGCGAGUACGUCAAGAAGGUGACGGCCGAGUUCUGCAUUGGCUCGACGCUGCACCACCCGAACAUCAUCCAGACGGUCGACAUCAUCUCGGACCACGGCCACUACUACGAGGUCAUGCAGUACGCCGAGUUUGACCUGUUCUCGAUCGUCAUGUCGGGCAAGAUGUCGCGCCCCGAGAUCUACUGCGUCUUCAAGCAGAUUGUCGACGGCGUCGACUACCUGCACUCGAUGGGCCUCGCGCACCGCGACCUCAAGCUCGACAACUGCGUCAUGACGCCCGACAACACGGUCAAGCUCAUCGACUUUGGCACGGCCGUCGUCUUCCGGUACCCGGACCAGAAGCCGACCAAGGCGUCGGGCGUCGUCGGCUCGGACCCGUACCUCGCGCCCGAGGUGAUAGGCAAGAAGGACUACGACCCUCGCCUCACCGACGUGUGGUCCGUCGCCAUCAUCUUCUGCUGCAUGGUCCUGCGCCGCUUCCCGUGGAAGCUCCCCGACACCAAAUCGGACGCGUCGUACCGCCUCUACGUCUCGUCGCACCCGGCACGGUUGGCUCGGCGCUGCACCGCACGCCGUCGCGCGAGAGCGCCGCGACCGCCGUCGACCAGGAGGGUGCGAGCACGAUGCUGGGCCGGCCCCGAGCGGCGAGCUCGGCGACGCGCCCGCGCACCGCCGACGGCCCGCCGCCGUCGUCGUCGGCCUUCUUCAACGCGGCGUCGCAGGCGCAGCAGGCGCCGGCCGGCUCGUCGGCGUCGUCGACGACGUCCGGGACGGGCGCCGGCGGGCGCGGCCGCAGCGACUCGGUCGCGUCGAACGCGACGUGGACGACGGGCGCCGCCGACUCGAUCUUCCGCCUGUUGCCUCGCGAGACGCGGUCGUGCCUGACGCGCAUGCUCACGAUCGAGCCGAGCAUCCGGUGCACGCUCGCCGACCUGCUGCGCGGCGGCGAGGGCGACGACAUUGACGAGCGCCGGCGCGACGACUGGCUCACGAGCCUCAAGCCGUGCAUCUACGACAAGGGCGCCAUGCCGACCGACAAGGACAGCUACCACCAGCACAUCAAGAUCCCUGCCGACAACAGCAAGAUGCCUCGGCAGAAGAAGUAGCGCUCGUCGACAGCGCCUCUUUCCGUCGCCUCGUUCCGCCGUCCCGUCCCCACUCCUCUUUCUCGGACCCGUCCUCCUCUUUCGCCCGCCCCCUCGUCGCCGCUAUUUCGGCCGAUCCUUUCCCCUCCCCCUUUCGCCCUCUGUCUGUGCGCCGAGCCUCCCCAUCCCUGUUUGUAUCGACUAGCAAGACGAUGCGCGUGUGCGGCGACGAAGGAGGAAGACCGAGUCGAGCUGUUGACGAGAAGAAGACCGAGGAACGUAGCCUGUGUUGGACUGAAACUAAAGAGCCGUAGAACGUCUCA